CUUGCGACAAAGACAUGAGGACAUGCGCGCAUGAGGCGGCUCGCUACGGGCACACGGAGACGCUGGUGACGAUAGCAGAGGCAGGAGGGAGAGAGAUAGUGCUGGCAGGGGACAAGGACGGGCUGACUUGCUCGCACAAAGCUGCGAUGGGAGGGAGGACGGAGACGCUGCUGGCAAUCGCUCGGAUCGGUGGGGCUGAAGCUCUGCUGGCAGGCGAUGUGAACGGCAGGACAUGCGCACACGAGGCAGCUGGAGGAGGACACGUCGAUACCCUGCGGGCGAUCGAGGAGGUGGGAGGGAAGCAGGCAGUAGUGGUGCGCGACAGGUACGGGAGGAGCUGUGCACACGAGGCGGCGCUGUACGGGUACACGGCAGCGCUGGAGUUCGUCGUCGGGGUAGGAGGAAAGGAGCUGCUGGCUGCUGCAGACUUCAACGGUCAGACAUGCUCGCACGAGGCAGCUGGGCGAGGGAGGGCGGAGACGCUGAGGAUGAUAGGGAGGAUGGGAGGGGUAGACAGCUUCUUCGCCGCCGACGUCCAUGGUAGGACGUGCGCGCACAAGGCAGCAGCGGGGGGACACACGGAGGCUCUUGUUGCGCUUGUGGAGGGAGGAGGGAGGGAGGUGCUGGGGAUGAAGGACAAGCUGGGAAAGACGUGUGCUGUGGAAGCUGAAGAAGGAGGGCACAGGGAUACAGCUGAAGUGAUCAGAUCCCUGCUGACGAGGGACUAGAGGUUCUGUACAGAUAGAGCCGGGUAGCUGAAGAACGUCCGCCUCAGAGAAGGACAAGGACGAGAGGAGAGGCAGCGCAGAAGUCCUACAUCAACUAAUAUAAGCCUGUUAAGAUUUG